AUCUAGUAAGCAAAUGGUUUUGCUUUUCCAUUUUCUCUUUCAUCUUUACAUCUUUAAGCAUGUUGAAAUGGAGUAUCAUAUUCAAUUAAGGUCAUCAUAAUCAUCUUAUAAAUACUUGAUAAGAAUAUAACAAGCUGGCAGUGCAAAUUAAAUCUUUCCUCGAGAAAGGGUAGUCCUUCUUCUUGUCCAUUUCUCCUUCUUUGGCUUUUCUUCCAUGGCAGCCCAACAACAGUCCAAAUGGGAAGGCAAAGCCUUUGCAAACCUAAAAGGGCCAAAAGCUGAACAAGUAUGGCCUCUCUUUGAGGAUUUUUUCAACUUCCACAAUUGGUUACCUACCAUUGACACUUGUUACCAACUUAAUAAUGAAAAAGAUGGACUUAUCCGGUGUUGCGCAAACACCGUGCCACCAUCAUCAGACGGUAGUGAGGCGAUCAUCAAGUGGUGUCACGAGAGGUUGUUGUACGUUGACAAGAUCGAACGGUGUCUAAGCUACGAGGCGUUAAACAACAACAUGGGAAUCAGGUCGUAUGUAGCUACGUUUAAAAUAUUGUCAUCGGACGGUGGUGAUGAAAGCGGGUGCAAGAUCGAAUGGUCGUUCGUUGCUGAUCCUGUUGAUGGGUUGACUUUGGAAUGUUUCUUAGGAUACGUUGACUUCUCCCUACAAGGCAUGGCUGAAAAAAUUGAGAAAGCUUUAGAAUCUAGUUUAGGUGAUUUUGCUCAGAGAGCUAACACUAAGCCUGUUAAAUAAAGUAUGAAUAAUAAAAGACCUGAUUCUGUAAUGUUUCAGUUGGACAGGUAAGUAGUGUUAGUUUGAGAAAUGGAUAGUAGUUUACUGAUUGUUACUUCCUCUGUUUCUAUUUACUUACGUGACAUAAUUUUAUUUUUAGUUU